GGCACAGAAAAACCACUGAGCGAAAACGGCGCAAGAGCGAGACAACACAAUGACAAGGUAUGCUCUCCCUUUCGAAUUUCAUUCAAUAAAAUGACACCUUCUGCCCAAUCACCCUCAACAUUUGCCAUUCAUUCACCGUCCGAGAAGGAACUGGAAGGAAUUUUCUCAAGAAAAUAAGUAAAGAAAAACCAUGAAGUUUCUUGCCGUAUUCAUCACUCUGGUCGCUGUGGUAACAGCUCAAGGAGACUUUGCACAGGAACUUCGGGAGUUCCAUGAAAAUUUCAAUGAUUUCCACGCUGAUGUUGAUCACUGGCUAGAGGAACGUCGUCUUGAAGUAAGCGAAACCAUUAGAGAAGCCAACCGAGUAGCUCUCGAACAAGUCUGGUUCGAUGUCACAGCUAUUCGUGUCAUCACUGAAAGUGCACGACAGGCCAUUGACAAUCAUGCCGCGGAUGUAGGAGAAAAUCCCUGUAUCGAAGGAAUUCGCGAGAGACUUAGUGAAUUGGAAUCUGAAUCUGGAGAUAAGAUCAGUUCAUGUGCCCGUAAUCUCCACAGAGACUAUCAACAUUCCCUCGACUAUGGAUUCUUCAUCCACAUCAACUAUGCCCAGCGCAUGUCCCACUUCCUCCAGAUCAUCAUCCUGUACACCAUGGGUCACUUUAAUGCUUUCUCCGAGCAAGAAUACAUUAGGUCAGAACUCCAAGCUAACUGGGAACAUCGUGAAAAUAUUCGAGAUGAAGAAUACAUCAUGUACUACCGUGACCAAUUGGAAAAUGGCAAGACUAUUGGCAACAUCAAUGUAGAAAACUGCCUCCUCACAGUAGCCAGUCUCUACAACAUUGACGUUAACCAAUUGAGAGAAGAUCUCAUGCACUGUUGAUGUACUGAGACAAGCAAUCCUUCCAGAUACCCUUCCUUAUUAGAUUUUUUUUUGUUGUUGAAACGGUUGAAAUGAUUGAAACUCCCACAAGUGAUUAAAAUUAAAUAAAUGGAUUAUAAUUAGAUUAAA